AUGAGCUCCACGAUUCAGCCUGAUGAGGUCCGAGUCGACCAUGACGCGGCGGCAGCGACUCGGAAACAGGCCAAUGCCACUGUCGCUCGAUCGAAUGCCGACAAUCUUCGAGAUGACCCUGAAGCUAGGGCAGCGUUCUUGUCAACGUUCUCAGCCGACGAAGAGCGCAGCGUUUUGAACAAGAUCGACAAGAGGUUCUUGAUUAUUAUUGGUUUCAUGUACAUGAUCAAACAGGUUGGCGAAUCUCGAAACAUCAUGAAGGAGCUUAGUAUGACUUCUGAUCAAUACAACUGGGUUGGGUCUAUCUACGGAUGCGACAGAAUGUUCGAGGCGGGCAUGUUUCCAGGAGUUAUGGCCCAGCUAUCCAGCUGGUACCGCACCGAUGAAAUCGGCAAGCCCGUGACUUGGUUCUUCGCGACCUCGAACCUUGCAGGCAUCAUCGGGUCUCUGCUCUGUUAUGGCAUCAGCUACAUGAACGGCAUCGGUGGCCUCAGCGCCUGGAGAUGGGUAUAUCUACUCGAAGGGCUGGCGACGAUCGUUUUCUCAGGCGCUGUGUUCUGGUACCUACCUGAUUACCCAAAGUCUCCCCGAAGCGACCGAUGGUUUACCAAACGCGAGCAAGAGUUCAUUGAGGCUCGACUGCCAGAGAACGCGCCUCUCACCAACGAUCCAGACUUUUCCAAAAAAGAGAUCUUUGCGGUGCUGAAGACCCCACUCAUUUGGUCCUUCAUGUUGUCGCAAACAUUGAUCAACAUUGGCGGAUAUGCGCUCACGUGGUAUUUGCCGACGAUUGUCACCAACCUGGGGUUCGUGGGUUUGCCGAAGAACCAGCUGCUCAACAUUCCGCCAGCUGCAGCUGCCAUCCUUGGUCUCAUUUUCUCAGCCUGGUUCAUGUCGAAGGCCUACAUCGUCCGGCCCGCACUUAUCAUGAUCAUCAUGUCAGGCAUGGUUGUCUGCUUCGUCCUCUUCUUCACAAUUACCAACCGUUACGGAAUCUACAUAAGCUGCAUCCUCGGGACGCUCUUCUAUCAGUCAUACUUCAUUCCUUUCUGGGCAUGGAGAUCAGCCACACUGUCCGGGUCAACAGGCACCGCGUUCACUUUGGGGUUGCAAUCGGGUAUUGCGCAGCUUGGUGGUGUCAUCGGCCCGCAGCUGUUCCAAUCCAGGUUUGCAUACAACGGGUACAAGACCAGCUUUGCGAUCGCGGCCGCGACGACAAUCGCGUCUUUUGUGGGUAAUUUGUGGACCUGGUGGUUGACCCGAAACACUGAGUACGAUGUGAUGAGGGUAAGAAGAAAGAUCUUGAAGGCUAGAAAGCUUGGAAGGGUCAACUUCGACGAUGAUAUACGUAUUUUUGAGGAAAGGCGAUUUUAUGAUGGGAUUAAGCGCAACGGCAGAGAUGAAAGCGAAGCAAGCUCGCAGGCAUGA